GGAUGUUCAAACAGCCGCGGUAUUCGAGUUCUGCGUUACCCUUUCUAAUGUUUUCUCGACACUGAAAUCAAGAUGUCGGAAUUUCACAAAGUGAUUUUGUGUCCUGGAACUCAGAAGCCUAAGGAACACGAGCGUGUUGUUGUAAACAUAUCUAUUAUAGUUGAUGAUAGUACAAUACUUCGAAAUCAGAAAAUUACGUUCGAUGUUGGGCAUGCAGAGGAUUUCGGUGUAAUGAAAGUUGUUGACGAAAUUGUAAAGGAAAUGGGUUGUGGUGAACAGUGUGACGUGUCUCUUACUCAUGACUACAGUUUCACGGAUUUGGAAAAGGAGUUUCUGAAGAUAAAUGACUCAUUCACACACAAAGUGUUAUUCAGUGUACAUCUCCAAGAUAUUCAGAAGCUUGCAGAGUUUUGGCAGAUGUCUGAAAGUGAGAAAUUCGUCGUGGCUGAUGUAAUGAAACGUCGUGGGAAUAAACUUUUAAAGAUGGGGAUGAUCAUUCGAGCAUUCAACUGCUACAAAAGAGCGAUUAAAAUAUUAGAUGGGAGUGUUAGCGUGACUGAUCCUAAUUAUCGCCAUGAUUCAGACUUACUUGGUCUUCAACCAUGUGAUCUUAGCCCACGUCAAUUGUUGGCUGUUGCUUUGUCGAACGCAGCCCUGUGUUUAAUGAAACUUGGGACUGCACACAAUUACAGUGUGAAGAAAUCACAAUCAAAUUUCCUUACAACAGCCAUCAAAUGUUGCGAACGGGCUAUUGAACUUGAGCCAAAAUAUGUGAAGGCUUGGUUUCGUAUGGCUAAGACUCACGCCGUCUUAGGCAAUUAUGAAGAGGCUAUUGCUGCUGGAGAGAAAUACCUUUCUUGCCUUGAGGAUGAGAGCAGCUGCCAACCGAAGUGGGUGGAUAUUAAUGAAGUCACGAAAGCCAAUGCCAGUAAACAGAUGGAGAAGUCGCUCUCAGAAUGGCGUACCUCACUAGCUAAUGAAGAAACAGCUGAAAGGGCAACUGUUCGAAAAAGGACAGUCCAAUGGUAUUCAUCUUUCGGAGAUAUGUAUGUAAGUUUUCAUACGCUAUUUUUGUUUAUGUUGGUAUUUUUCUCCUUUUACUCAUGCAGACAGUAAUAGUGUAUCGUAGAUAAUGCAAAAAGGUGGACCGUUGCAUAGACCCCUAAUCUACGUAUGUUCUGUUAUUUUCUUCAUAUUAGUGCAUGCUAACUAUCAUUCUUCAACUCAGCAUAGUAAGCCAAUUACCCGAAAACUAAAACAGCAUAAGUAACAAUUCUCGAUCGCAAACUCAAAUUUUAAUUUUGGUGAUCUUAACACAAGUGCACUGCAUCUCUUUAAGUAAGUUAGUAUCUGUCAUCCGAAGCUUGCAUUUAUUAGACAGUUAAUUUGUAUUACGUACCAUUUACAAUCAAAAAGUUGAUAAAUAUUUUUUACAAUUCUUUGAUUAUGAAAGCGGUUAGGACGCUCGCCGACCAUGCACAUGGUCCGGGGUUCGAUCCCC